CAUGGAUCGGUUCGUGGUGCGCCGCGCCCGCGGCCCGGAGAGCCCCCGCCGGGCCGCGCCCGGACCCCGCGUCUGCCGGCAGGUCACCCUCGAGUCCCUCAAGGCAGUUGUGGUUGUGGAAGACAUAAAACGAUGGAAGUCUAUUCUUGAGCUUCCUGGGCAACCAAAGGAGAACCUGAUGGAAGCUUUACAGGAACUGAAGAAGAAGAUACCUUCCAAGGAAGUGUUACUUUCCACUAAAAUAGGUCACACCGUGAACUCGAUGCGCAAACACGGUGACCCAGACGUGUCCGGCCUCGCUGGGGACAUUUACAGGGAGUGGAAAACCUUCAUCAAGGAGCACUCCAACAGGCCCCCCAUUGAGGUCAGGAGUGAUCCCAAGACUGAGGCUUUCAGGAAGAAGGCUCGGAAGCUGCUCUGUGAAGCCCUGGAAUUAGAGAUUGAUCACCCACUGGCUGAAAAUAUUGAGCGCGAAGCUUUUCAUCUCUGCUCCCGCCUCAUUAGCGCUCCGUAUCGCAGGGCCGUGCGAGCCCUUGUCUUCUCAUUAAAGCACAAACCUGAGACCCGAGCAGGAGUCAAGGAUGGCACACUCACUGUCCCUGCCUUUGUACAGAGCCAUAAAAAGUGAGGUGGUGUGCUUGAUCCCGGGGGAGAACUUCCUGUGCCUGCAUCUCUGUGGAACUGGGAGCCCUUGCUGCGGUGAGGGGAGUGCAGGAGGGCUGUCUGGGUGACUCCCUGGCAUCACUCCAUGAACAGGGCUGCUGGAGGGGACAACUAAUGAUGGAAUGGGUGCUGUAAAUCUGACUUGGUAGAAAUCCAUGUGGGCUUGUUGCAAGGAGUUUAUCCUACUCUUCUGUGUAUUUUCCAUCCUAACUGACUCAUCUGUUUCUCUCUUCUGCCCAUUUGUUCCAUCCCUGAUGUAGAUCUUCAGGUGUGAUCAGCAGAAUAAGCCUUUAAAGGAGCAGCCUCUGUGCUGUGCUGCCUGGAAGUACUGGAGAUUAUGGGUAAUUGGUCCAUGGGAGGGGAUUCCUGGGGGAUAAUUGCAAACUCUAGUUAGCCCAAAAUCGGCCAAGUCUGCUGCAGCUGGACCCUGCCUGUGGCAAGAGCUGUUUUGCCAUAGAUGGUUUCCCUUUACUGCAUUCCAGAGCUGGAUGCAAAAUGGAUUUCAGUAACUUCCAUAAUCUCAGUCAUCCUGUGAUUUGGGGCGUUUUCUAAAGCCCCAGGGUAAAGGUGCUGUCUAAUGCCUCUGCUGUUCAAGGAGCAGCUCACUCAGCCUUCCAAACCUCACUCAUGAUGUAAACAUGG